AUGGCUCUUUGUGUCAAAAGUUUCUUUCUUAUCUACUUAUCGAUCCUUGCUAACGUUUUGACCGAAAAUACAACGAAAUCACCCGAAGAAAAUAAUUCUAAAUCAUUCGAAGAAUCAACAGAAGAUAAUCUACCUCACGAGGAAGAUUUUACGACAGAAGCAACGUUAUUUAUCGCUACGGAAACUCAUGAAAAUUUGCUCUCGACCAUUGUUCUAGAAAGCGAUACUGAAAAUAUUACGGACGAGUUUAAACCGAGCGUUCAUCUCGGAGAGAUCGAGGAACCAAGAACGAAGAAUAAUCCCUUCAACAACGUGCACCACGUCAAUUUUGAAAACAAUCUCGACGUGGGAUCCCAUCAGGAUGAUCUUCGAAACGUUAAGCAAAGGAUUCUUUACGACGUUAAGGAACAUCAAGACGGUCGUAUUCUGUUCGAUGACGAUAAAAGAAAUUUUCAUAUCAGAAAGUAUCAACAAGUUUUACCAAAUCACGAGACGAUCCAGCCGUUACACGUUACCGUCACGCAAAGUUCAAGGUCGCACUUGGAUAAUUUCGGCGAACAGAAAGUUAUAAGCGAUCAUACGUUCCUACAGAAUCUCGAGAAACCGGUAUACGUCGAGGAGCACACAUCGAUGAUAUUUGAAAAACCUAUGAGAUUUCCAAACGAACUUCAAGAACAUUUACCUCUUGGUAAUGGGAACUUCGAUGACAAGAAUACGUUUUAUUUCGUGCCCGAUUACCGUCUAGUGCCGAACCAAAAUAAUUAUUACAGCGUCGAACAACAAGAAGGAAAUUACGGUAACGUUCAGAAAGCAAACAAUAUGAUGGUUUAUCUCGCACAGCAACACGAAUACACUACACUUCGCAAACAACCACAUUAUUACUAUUAUUAUUAUCAACCUGUAGGCUAUCAGGAAAUGGACUUUUUAGGUGAGCCAAAACCCACUAUACUCUAUCCCAAAGAGCACAGAAUUUCACCAUGGAGAAAGAUUAUUCAUUUGAUCGGAUCUUUCUUACCAUGGGGAUUGUUACUGGCAGCUCUUGCUCCUAACGUGAUCAAAAUUCAAAAUACGACGGAUCCAAACAUCGUUCUCUCAAAAUUGAGAGUCGUUGACCUGCCGAUCGAGCAUAAGCAAGCGAGGCUGCUCGAUGAACAGCGAGCGAAUGUUUGCGAGGAAAGAUCGAUAUGCGAAUUGAUAUUGGCAGGUGGUAAACCACGAACGAAUAUAGUGCAAAACGUUCUUUGGAAUUUGGCUAUUAGAUCUAACGAAGACACGGCAAGAAAAAUUGGUCUCCAGGAAAUAUUUGAAGCAGUGAAAAAGAAGAGUUGCGCGACGAUCGGUUGUUAAAUCUCGAACGAAAGAAGGAAGCGAGUAUUGUGGCUGACACAAGCUAUUGUUUCCUCGACUCCCUCUCUCCCUUUUAAUCGCUGAACUCAGAAUAGCUAUUGUCUUUUCAAAAGCUCGCGCAAGAUAAUUAGUUUUGUUUUCAUUCUGACUGCGAAAGUGUGUCCUUCGAAGAGUAAGGAAAGGAAGAAAGGUGAAGAAAAUAAAUAUAAAGAGGGACGAGAAGAUCGUUUGAAGAAGCAUCGGUAUUAUUAUCAUCGGUAUCUCGUUCGAGAAUUCGUCUCGUGUAUGCACUCGUCUCGUCCUCGCAAGUGAAAGUAGUCACUGAGUAUAUAAGUGGGUCAACGCUAGUCCAUUCUGGACCAUCG